ACAUGUUACAUAGCUUGCUCAACUUCUCCUAUUUGUUCAUGCAUAUUAGGACAAUUUCUGCAGGUUAUUUAUUGAUAAACUUCAUUCACUAAUCUAGGCCCCCUGCCCCUGCCUCAUGGAAUUUAUAGUAUUUCUGCAGUCUAGGAUGUAUGCUUUACUAUAGAUGUAAACGGCCUUCUAUCUGUUUCUGUGGAAGAAACAACCACUGGUUAUAGGAAUGAGAUUACCAUAACCAAUGACCAAAAAAGGCUUUCAGCUGAGGAGAUUAUAAGAAUGAUUCAUGAAGCUGAGAAUUAUCAGGUUGAUGAUAGGAAGUUCAUGAAGAAGGCUAAUACAAUGAAUGCUUUGGAUGACUAUGUUUACAAGAUGAGGAAUGCAUUGAAUAAUAAGAAUAUCAGUUCAAAGCUUUGUUUACAAGAAAGGGAGAAAAUCAAAUCUGUAAUUUCGAAGGUGACAGAUUUGCUAGAGGGUGAUAAUCAGCCGUAUGAAAUAGAGGUGUUUGAGGAUCAUCUGAAUGAGCUUGUGAACCUCUUUGAUCGUGUCAUUGGCAAGUUUGCUUAGAUGUUUUUUAAGUUUUUAUUUUUUGCAAUGCUGAGAUCUGUCAUUUUGUUUGUAUUGAAUGCAAACUUUUCUAAUUUAUGAUGUUGUAGUUUAAUAUAUUUGUGCCUGACAUGUUUUAAAUUGUUAUUAUUGUUGACUUUGGCUUUUGUUAUUGUUAUUGAAUUCAUCUUUGGAUCAGUUCACAAGAACAAGCUUUGCUAUGCGUUGUUCAUCUUUCUCUGAAUGGAUCUCUGUCAAUAUUGUUGUGGAAAGAAACAUACGUUCAAUAUUGUUUCUUGUUUGUGCAAUUAUUUGUGGCUAUAUAUAUCAGUGUCCACCAUUUCGGUUAAGCUACCAGGGGCUGGGAGAGCCCUUGUGCUUUGCAGCAUUUGGGCCUUUUGCCACUUGUGCUUUUUAUUUAUUACAUGGCAGUUCAAGUGUGAUGAACCAUUUCCCCUUAAGUGGAACGAUUCUUUCAGCAUCAAUUCUUGUUGGCUUCACAACAUCUCUUAUCUUGUUUUGCAGUCAUUUCCAUCAGGUGGAAGGAGACAGGGAGGUUGGGAAAAUGUCACCUUUGGUUAGACUUGGCACUAAAAAAGGUGCAGAGGUAGUGAAAGGGGCAAUCUUUAUGCUCUAUGCUCUUUUGGUUGCUUUUGGUCUAAUCAAGGCACUUCCUCUCACUUGUAUAUUCCUUUGUGCAUUGACCUUGCCGAUGGGAAACCUAGUAGUUAGAUUUGUCGAAGACAAUUACAAGGCAAGUGAAUUUUUCUUAUAGACUUGUCUGUUGGUGUAUUUCUUAUAGUUUGCUAUUAAACCUAAGUUGUAUUCUCACAUAACAAAAAUAAGAUUUUCAUGGCUAAGUACUUCUGUGUGAGGCUUCAUGCAUUGUUUGGAGUUGCACUGGCUUUAGGACUAGUGCUGGCUCGAAAGAGUGUGGAUGACCCUGGAAGACCCCCUGGCAUUGUUCUUAGUGCUGCCACUUCUUUUUGGCUUCCUGUUCCUCCUAAACGAGUCUUUGACUUCCUCCGUGAUGAAAACUCUAGGAAUGAGGUGCUUUGGUUUUACCCAUUAUACGUGUUUAGCAUAGUUCUUAGCACAAUUUGGCAAUUAGCAUAUUUUGCUUUACACUACUAAAAUAGAAGCCAAUUGCGCAAUCUUAUUUCAAAGUUUCCUAUUACUACUUCAUUCUUAAUUACAUAAAUGUACAGGUCUUUAUUCUUGUGUAAAAGAACAUAAAUGAACACGUCUC